AUGUCGUAUAUGUUGCAAUACUUACGAUUUUGUUGCGAGUUGCUUACAUUUUUGGCAGUCGUAAUAAGAACGUCAAAGGACAUUGUUGACAUGCAACAAAUAGGACUAAGGCGAUGGUGGAUGGCAAUAAGCGCUUUUCCCGAAAAGGUGCUUCACAAAGCCUCUCAAGUAACUUUGCUGUUGAUCGUCCCGAUUCGGACAGCUUGUUUCAUCCAUCCAGUUAUGCUUUUGCUCGAUAACGUUAUGACCAUUACCGUAGUUCUGAUGACCACUAUGCACUUUCUUUUCUACUGCAGAGGAAUGAGGUUUGUGGGUCCAUUCGUGUUAAUGGUCUACAAAAUUAUCGUGGGUGACAUGCUGCGCUUUUUGCUGAUUUACUCAGUUUUUAUUCUCGGAUUUGCGCAGGAAAAAGCAAUGGACCUAGCGAUUUGGGGUGCCAAUGAAAUGAUUCCAAGUCUGCCUAACUAUACUCUAUGUGCAUCUCAAAAGAAGAUCGUAGCCUGUUUGAGUAUAAGCUUUUACAUCACUAUGUAUGGGAUCCUAAUUGGCGGAAGUAGAAUUGUUGCAAAUCUACCGCCUGGUUAA